GGAGGAGAGCCGCUUGGUUGGCACAGCUUCGCUGCUAUCAUGGCGUCCCCCUCGCAGAGAUUACAGACCAAGCCUGCUAUCACUUGCCUAAAGAGCAUCCUCCAUAUCUACACCUUCAUCUUCUGGAUCACAGGUGUCGUCCUGCUCACCGUCGGCGUCUGGGGAAAAGUCAGCCUGGAUAUAUAUUUCUCGCUGCUGAACGAGAGCGGCACCAAGGUUCCCUAUAUCCUAAUUGGAACUGGCGCUGUCAUCGUGCUCCUGGGAUCCUUUGGCUGCUUCGCCACGUGCCGUGGGAGCCCAUGGAUGCUGAAAAUGUAUGCCAUGUUCCUUUCCGUUAUCUUCUUGGUCGAGCUCAUAGCAGCGUUUGUGGGUUUACUCUUCAGACAUGAGAUAAAGAACAGUUUUGAAUCUGGCUACAUGAACGCCCUCAAAGAGUACAAUUCCACCGGUGAUGCCAAGAGUCAGGCUGUGGAUACCAUUCAGAGGACUUUGCAGUGUUGUGGAGUUAAGUCCUAUACUGACUGGGGUAACACCUCAUUCUACAAAGCCAACGGUAUCCCCAUGAGUUGCUGCAGUCUGCCAGGGAAGUGCACAGAAGAGGACAUGAAGGACUUGGUUAAAGCCAAAGAUAAAGUGUUUUCACAUGGUUGUAUUUCUUUGGUAACAACAGUAAUGGAGUCCCGAAUGGGCAUAGUAGCUGGAACUUCCUUUGGAAUAUCCUGUUUCCAGCUUAUAGGAAUGCUCCUGUCCUACUGCUUGUCCCGAGCCAUUACAAACAACCAGUACGAGAUGAUGUAAAUGCAGAUUGUUAAGGGAAUCUUUGUUUAUUUGAAGCCUUAGACACUUCCCAUUGUAGAGACCCUUCAUACCUCAUGUCCACAUCUGACUGCGGAUGAAUCCAACACUAAGAGAGAAGCGGCGAUUGACAACCUUGUGUUCUGAUAUCCUUAAUCCUCUGCUGUACGGGAUACUCUGAGCUGGAAAUAUU